AUGGUUUUUCAACACCAAAUGCCUUUUAAUUUGUAUGAAAAUAAGAAUGAUGAAAACCAAAAUAGUUCUCCACUUGAGUUAUUUGGUAUGAAUCAAAUGAUAAGUAAUACUUUGGAUAUUUUUGAUUCUGUUUUAGAUAACCUACUCAAUGUUCAAAUUAACUUUCAAGGCAUUGCAAUUUAUCAGACAAAUUUUGACAUGGCCAUUGUACAUGAUGAAAUUUUGAAUCGUGUUGAACAUGGAUGUAAAGUAGAACCUCUAAAUGUAGUUAUUUUAGAACCUGGUGGAGUUCCAAAUUCUGACGAGAGUAUUUUUGAAUCUUUAGAAAUGUACAAAAAAGAUUUUGAAUUAAGAUCAGAACAGUAUUUAGAUGUAGUUGCUGAUGAAGCAAUAUUUCGAAGAAUAAUUAAAUUAACGGAUCAAUGGCCUUACCUGCGUCCUAUUCUUGGGCAAUGGCACACGUCCAAGGAUAUGUGCAGUAUUUUGAUUGUUCUUUUUUCAAGUUAUAGAAUUUUUGAUCUUGCAAAUUCACUUGGAGUUAAAUUUUUGGAAAAAUUGGAAUCUGUUGUUGAUUAUAGGUCCACUGUUCAUGUUCUUGAAUUAAUAUGGACUGCAGUAUCUUUAGCAAUACGAAUCUACAUUAAAAAAAAAAAAUAUUAG